CUUAAAUCUGGCAAUGUUGUAAUCAAAGUGCAUUUGUCAUUUUAUCUAUGUAAGUAGAUCGCAUUUUUUGUGUGAGAGUUAUCCGACAGUUAAAGAUGUCUCUUGGCGUGCCGGUGAAAGUACUUCAUGAAGCAGAAGGCCAUAUAGUAACUCUUGAAACGAAGACUGGUGAAGUUUACCGAGGGAAACUUGUAGAAGCUGAAGAUAAUAUGAACUGCCAAAUGUCUGGAAUAACUGUCACGUAUCGAGAUGGUCGAGUCGCUCAGUUGGAAAAUAUAUAUAUUAGAGGCAGCAAAAUUAGGUUUUUGAUACUUCCUGAUAUGCUUAAGAAUGCACCGAUGUUCAAAAAAACUGGACCGAGACUCGGUGCUGCUAGUACUGGUCGGGGAAAGUCUGCCAUUCUAAGAGCUCAGGCUGCAAGAGGCCGUGGUCGAGCAAGAUCAUUGUUUCAGCGCCGAACAUAAAGGCUUAGGCUAAAGAUAUUUUCAUGCAUUCAGCCAUCAGAUUUGUACCUUCAUGCAGUUAUUGGCUCAUAAAAAACGUAAAAGUCAUUUUUUGUGUAUUACUGUAUUGUUCAUCUUAAUUUUCUGAUUAAUUUGUAAGAUUAAAAGUUUUCUAUUCAAAGAAGAA